AUGAUUGAUGCCGCAAGUGGUGGAGCUUUAGUUGACAAGACACCCGCACAAGCAAGAGCUUUGAUUGAGAAUAUGGCAUCAAAUUCGCAGCAAUUCUCCACCCGAGCAGAAACACUUGUCAAGAAGGUUAAUGAAGUUGGUGAAUCUUCUCAUAUGGAACAAAGGAUGUGUAAUAUGGAGAGGAUGAUGCAACAAAUUUCUGCAGUGAUUGUUCCAUCACAUGAAGGCAAUAUGGAGCACGCAACUGCGAUGUACCAAAAUCAGCAAAGGCCGAGGUAUGAUUCAUACUCCAACACAUACAAUCCGGGUUGGCGAGAUCAUCUAAAUUUCAGCUACGCCAACAAGCAAGCUGCAGCAAAUCCUACUUUUAAUCAACAAGGAGGGUACCAAUUCAUGCAAAGACCACAACAAGAAACUCAAGGCACAAGUGUAGAUGACAAGUUUACUCUUAUGAUGAAAGGUAUCCAAGAGAUUUCGAAGUCAGUGCAAGGCUUCAACCAAUUCCAGCAGAAAUCCGAGAUGGCUAUGAGAGAUGUGCAAAACCAAAUUAGUCAAUUGGCUAGUGAUAUGAAUCAACUCAAAGCACAAGGGUCUGGAAAGCUUCCUUCGCAACCGUUGAACCAUAAGGAGAAUGUCAAUGCUAUUGAGCUAAGAAGUGGGAAGCAAGUUAAGCAACCGGUAACAUCAUCAGAUGCUAAUGGACCUAUUUUAGAGCAACAAGAGGAUGAAACAACCCCUAACAAGGCUGAUUUGGUACAAAAUUCUAACUCUAAACCUCUUGUUUCUACUAAUGUCACUUCUCCACCUUUUCCUAGUAUGUUUGCAAAGUCCAAGAAGGAGACACUAUACAAGGAGAUUUAUGAGAUCUUCAAGAACAUUCAAGUGAACAUACCACUCCUUGAGGCGAUAAGGCAAGUUCCUCGUUACCCAAAGUUUUUGAAGGAAUUGUGCACUCACAAGCACAAAUUGGUUGGUAAUGAAGUUGUGUAUGUGGGUGAGAAUGCUUCCGCGUAUCUUCAAAAGAAACUUCCACCAAAGUUAAAGGAUCCCGGUAGUUUCACUAUACCAUGUACAUUUGGUAAAACCAGGUUUGAUCGUGCUUUACUAGACUUAGGUGCAACUAUUAAUGUUAUGCCUGCCUCAAUAUAUGAAUCGUUAGACAUAGGUCCUCUUAAAGACACCGGUAUUAUUACUCAACUUGCUGAUAGAUCCACAACUUACCCGAAAGGGGUUGUGGAAGAUGUUUUGGUGCAGGUUAACGAGCUGAUUUUUCCUGCAGACUUUUAUGUUCUAGAUAUGAGGGACGAAGAUUCACCCUCGUCUACACCAUUGUUGUUGGGUAGACCUUUCAUGAGGACUGCUAGAACUAAAAUUUAUGUUAUUAUAAAGGCACCAUAA